AUGGCAGGCACUACACUUGUUCUUUCCUCAUCCUUCACAAGCAGCUCGCGACCUUUGAGCACUUUUUCACUCCCAGACCAGUCCUAUGUCCUCUCAAUUGCCGCCCUGCCAGCACACUACGCGGCCGCCGCUUCCGCACCGGCCAACUCAAUACACCUUUUAGAUAAAGCAGACCCUCGUAAUAUCGUCCGUGUGCUGACUGGGCAUGCCGAAGGGAUCACGCACAUGCGCGCUGUGGGGUUGCUUCACAGUGCACACAAUGUGCUCUUGAGCUGUGGUAGGGACGGAACAGUCAAAUCCUGGGAUGAACGCAUGGGUGCCGUCGGCGUGCAGAUGCAGAGCAGCGGAAGGCGCGCGCCAUUGCUAUGCUGCGACGCUUCCCCAGAUGGUUUCUUGGUUGCGGCCGGAACCGUCUUGCAAGGGGAAGACGCUUCGAUCCUUUACUGGGAUCCUAGAAACCCUGUUGCUCCACUUCGUCAGCAUACAUCCACACAUUCAGAUGACAUAACCGCUGUGCAAUUUUCUCAACGUGGAACUGAAGCAGCUCUCCUCUCGGCUUCGACUGAUGGCCUCCUUUGCAUAUCCAAUCCUCAUGAAGCGGAUGAAGACGAGGCUACUAUACAUGUCGCUAACUGGGGGUGUAGUAUCUCGAAAGCGGGUUGGAUACCUCAGAACUCACCGUCAGAGGGACCGCAGAUAUGGGCGACGAGUGACAUGGAGACACUCAGUUUCUGGUCAAACGAGCUUGAUCCAGUUCGACAAGUUGAUCGUGAUACCCUCACGCAACCAGAUCCAAUAAUCCCUUGGGUGACGGAUUACAUUGUCGAUUGCCACAAUUCACGUAAUGGCUCAUUCCAUGUAUUCGCUGGAUCAAAUGAAGGAGACGUAGCACUAUUAUCACCUCACUCAAUGUCAACCAGUUGGUCGCUAGAGCAGUCGUACACAAGAGGACACGCCGAAGUCAUCCGCUGUGUUCACUGGGACGAAGCGGCUGGAUUACUCUUAACGGGAGGCGAAGACGCAAGAUUAAAUGUCUGGUCUUCUCCCGCACAUUAUCAGUCUCAAAAUACUGAGGAAAGCAAGUCAAUGGAUGUGGACCCGGACUCUCCCUCACGAAAACGAGUCUUUGGUAGCAGUGAGGAACUUAUCUACAAGUACCAACAGGGUGUACGUUUAUUCAACAAAAAGGAAUAG